AUGCGGUCUGCAUCGGUUCUGAGGAUGGCCUCGGCCUCGGCCUCAAAGGGCAACGGCCUGAGGCCCACGCCGAUGGCCCUCCUGCCCCCCAUCCCGCUGUACCGUCGCCUCCUGCGCGCACACCGCAAGCAUCUCCCUUCCGAGAUGCGUGUGCUGGGUGACGAAUACAUCAAGGCUGAGUUUCGUGCUCAUCGCACAGUGGACAACCCGGCGCAUUUGAUCGGCUUUUUGACUGAAUGGCAACUAUACGCGCAAAAAAUCGAGGGCAAUUCGUGGGAGGGCGAGAAGAUUGACCCUGUCAAGGUUGCCAAGAUGAGUGAUGAACAAAUCGGUCAGCUGUAUGAGCUGAUGCAAGCGAUCAAAGAACGGCGUGAGUCAGGAGAAGGCGAGGAUCAGUCAUGA